AUGGCCAACCUUAUUGAAGGUGGGAAACGACCAUUAUCAGCCAUCUCGCCGAUUAUCGCCAAGACGAGUAAUAAUGAGUUGCUCUUCUUGAUUAGGUGCGCUGGAGGAAUCCGGAUUACCACGGCUAAUAUACAGAAUGCUAUCCACUUGUUGGAUGGCAGGAUAACUGUUUUGGAGGCAUUGAGCGAACCAAGACUCCAUGCUCAACUGGGGCAGGCAAGGAACGUGACGAUUGAGGGGGGGUAUGAUAAUGGCGUAAUUGGCUUCUUGGACUCAUUGGGCCAUGGUAUUAACAGAGGAUCAGCGCAGUCCUCGGCGCAGGGCUUGCGGCGAUUACCAGACGGGUCGUUUGAGGCUGCUGCGGAGCCGAGACAGUGCAACUCUGGUGCAUAUGUUGUGUGA